UCUCUCUCUGGUUUAGUAUUCUGGAGAUCGCAGCUAGAGGACGUGAGGUCUGGCUGUUUCACCGGGGAGACAGACAACAUAUGACGCCCCGCUCCAUGUGACUUUUUACUGGAGAAAUCGCGUUUGCUCGUUUUGAUGGAAAAUUGUGCAAUUUUGUUAGACAGCGACACUGUUGCCCGUCCCUUGUGUCUCCAGGCGCACACCAGACCAGUGUGGCUCAUUUAGCCGUGAUGUCGUCAUGAUGAGGACUGUGGACACUGGUCUUUUACACUGGAAAGCAAACCCAAAUCCAGUCACUGUUACAGUCCCACUACAAUUGAUUGACAGGCAACUAGAUGUCUGAUUGGUGACCGAGAAUCGAUUAGCAGGAGCACGCGCAGCACACUGUGAGGUUUCAUCUUGUUUACAAAGACGGCUAAAAACACUGCUGAGCGGAGAAGGCGAGCCUCAUGAGUCGGCCUCGUGGUUUGCAUCGACAUAAUGGAUUUAACUAAAAUGGGUAUGAUCCAGCUCCAGAACCCCAACCAUCCCACUGCCCUGCUGCAGAAGGCCAACCAGAUGCGUCUGGCCGGGACUCUGUGUGACGUGGUCAUCAUGGUAGACAGCCAGGAGUUCCACGCUCACCGGACUGUGCUAGCCUGCACAAGCAAAAUGUUUGAGAUCCUCUUCCACCGCAGCAGCCAGCAUUACACCCUGGACUUUCUUUCACCAAAGACUUUUCAGCAGAUUUUGGAGUAUGCUUACACUGCCAUGCUCCAGGCCAAGGUGGAGGACUUAGAUGACCUUCUGUAUGCAGCAGAGAUCCUGGAGAUUGAAUACCUGGAAGAGCAAUGCCUCAAGAUCCUGGAAACCAUCCAGUCCUCAGAUGAGAAUGACGUGGAGGUCAAUGUUAAUGACGGGAGCACGGAGGAGGAUGAUGAGCGCAAAGGCCACAAUGGAGCCAAGAACUCCAAAAAGCAUUCCAUGGAGAAUCCCUAUCAGUCAGGUACCCAGCAAGUCACCAUCAUGGCUGGCAUGGUGGACCAGAGUCCCUCGGUGUCUACAUCCUUCGGUGUCUCCACCCUGAGCCCCACCAAAGCUGCUGUGGACAGCCUGAUGAGCAUCGGCCAGUCUCUGCUCCAGCAGGGCUUUGGGGGUGAGCAGCUCCACGGCAACUCCCACCACCUGAUGACUGAGAUCAAGACCGAAAUGAUGCAAGUGGACAUGGGUGGCAACGGCCAUAACAGCCCUCCAAACAUGGAGUCCAGUGCCUCCAGCAACGGAGAGCGAAGUGGGGAGGACAGGAACAGAGACGGUCCAGGAACACCAACCAGGAGCAGCGUAAUCACCAGUGCACGCGAGCUACAUCACGUCCGCGAUGAUGGCAUGGGCGACCCUCAAGCUGAUAUCAGCCAGAUGGGGCUGGAAGCAAUGGCGGGAAUGGCGGAGAAACAUUUUGCCUCGAUGUACUCCCUACCUGUCAAUCAUAAAUCAGAUGGCAUCAUGUCCAUGCCGGCAUCCAUGGCAUCCUCUCUCCCCAUGUCCCCAGCCCUGGCAAUGUCUAUGGACUUCAGUGCCUACGGGGGACUCCUGCCUCAGAGCUUCAUCCAGAGAGAAUUCUUCAGCAAGCUCGGGGAGCUGGCAGUGGGCAUGAAACCAGACGGCAGGAACCAGCAUGAACGAUGCAAUGUUUGCGGUGCAGAACUACCAGAUAACGAUUCUGUAGAGCAGCACAGGAAGAUGCACAGUGGAAUGAAGACCUACGCCUGUGAGCUGUGUGGAAAGAACUUCCUGGACAGCCUCCGUCUACGGAUGCAUUUGCUUUCUCAUUCAGCUGGUGAGAAGGCCAUAGUUUGUGACCAGUGUGGUGCCCAGUUCCAGACAGAGGAAUCCCUGGAGGCUCAUCGGCAGAUCCACACCGGGUCGGACAUGGCCAUCUUUUGCCUGCUUUGUGGGAAGCGUUUCCAGACCCAGACGGCACUGCAGCAGCACAUGGAAGUCCACGCCGGCGUUCGCAGCUACAUUUGCAGCGAAUGCAACCGGACUUUCCCCAGCCAUACUGCACUCAAGCGUCACCUACGCUCACACACAGCAGGGGACCAUCCAUUUGAGUGCGAGUUCUGCGGGAGCUGCUUCCGAGAUGAGAGCACGCUGAAGGGCCACAAACGCAUCCACACCGGGGAGAAGCCCUAUGAAUGUAACGGCUGUGGGAAGAAGUUCAGCCUCAAGCACCAACUGGAAACCCACUACCGUGUGCACACAGGUGAGAAGCCAUUCGAGUGCAAGCUGUGCCACCAGCGAUCCAGGGACUACUCGGCCAUGAUCAAGCACCUGCGCACCCACAACGGCGCCUCGCCCUACCAAUGCACCAUCUGCCUGGAUUACUGCCCCAGCCUGUCCGCCAUGCAGAAGCACAUGAAAAGCCACAAGCCCGAAGACGUCCCCCCAGACUGGCGCAUAGAGAAGACCUACCUGUACCUUUGCUAUGUCUGAGGCCGCGGGAGUGAAUGAGGAGAGGGAGGGUACGUGGGAGGGCGGGGGCGCGGUCGAGAGGUAAGGGGAAUGUAAUUGAGCGGAUAGGAGGCUGUGGUGGAGUGUUGGCGAUUUAGGAAUGUCAACGACAAGAAAUCCGAAAGCAAGAGGGUUUGUUUUCUCUUUUUACUUUUCAUGCAAAGGCGGCGGCUGUGGCAACGGCGACCGACGGGUUAAAAGAGUGGUGACGGUGGAACAAAAGUGCUAAGAAGAGGAAGACAUGGACAGGGAGAGAGAUUCUCCACCAUAGUUCGGAUUCACCGGGUCAUUCACUACAUCUGCAACCGUGUUAUUGUUUUAGGUCAUUUCAUGCGGCGCCAUAAAGCAAGCGUGCUGCAAGGAAGUGACUUUUUUUGGAUGCUGCUGCGAGUGAGAAAGCAGAUUCUCAAGGGCUGUCUCAUACCUGCACAUACUCGCCACCGGUCCACUUCUUUCACUGUUGAACAAUGUGUGACUAUUGCGUCUCAGUUUAGGCCCCAGGUUCAUCAUGUCAUGAUUUGCUUUGCGAGUCUUGAGGAACUGCUGGCUUUCAGACGCCAAAAUCCUUCUCUACAAACCUGUUAUGGUAGUUAGGAACCACAACAAAGUUAUCUUGGAGAAGGACUGACAUAUCAUUUCACAUUAACAGUAUCAUCUUGCCACACAAACUGAAAUAAAUACACGUAAUCCUUUCAAUCCCUAAUGGAAGAUGUAUCUGUUUUGCAACAUUUCUGCCUGCGCAGUACAGAAAUAUCCCAGAAAUCUGCCAGUAUAACCUCUCCAUACAUGAGACCCUUCAGAUCCCAGCGGUGGCAGUGAGGUAGCCCUUGAGAAUCCGCAGUGGAGCCGGUAGGCGUAUGCAGUAGACGAAACAGUUGAGCUGGAUGAAUGGGAGCACUAAAAUACUGCAAACCAAGCACCUGUUUGCUUGUUUUGGGGGGGUGGGGAGUCUCCCCAGUUUUCCCAGUAGUCUUUCUGGUUCUGCAUCUCUGUCAGAGGAGGGCUGGAGAAGGUCCAGUCACCACUGGCUACCCGCGGUUCUCCCCAGAGGGCCAACUUGUGUCACUUUUUCAUCGUAUAUAUUUUAUUUUUAGCUCUGCAUCGUAGUUUAUCAUGGCUUUGAUUGCACAGGUAAAACAAAUUACGACAACAGUCUCUGUUUGAUGUCUGCAAGUGAUAUAUUUUUUUCAUUAAAUCAUAACUGGCUAUUACAGUAUACCACAUUAAACCCAGCAUAUCCACCUACUCAGCAAUAGAUAACUGGACUGCUUUUAUCCAUGUACAUUUAAUCCGAGGACUAUCAUUAUCUCACACUAAUGAUGAACCACACAAACUGACAAAUACACAGUAACACUUUGUAACACCACAACAGAUCUGUCCAUUCACCACAGGGAUGGAAAACAAAAUGGGGAAAAAGGCUGCUUUCCGUGGGAGUCGUGUGACUUCGACUGCUCGUUGUGAAUGUUGAAGAAGUGCAGGGAAUGCCUUAGCUGCACACCUUAGCGUUUGUCGAAGGUGGCGUGGCAGGUUGAAGACUGUUAUAUGGCAUCAAAACAUGAAUGUUAGCGACUGUGAGCCAGGUUCGCACUAGGCUGUUGUCAGAAAACAGCAGGGUAACGCUGCCUUUCAUUGGAGGUCAGAAACCUAGAAGUCCCACCUUGCUAUUACUCUUAAUGCUUUCCAGUGGUUCAGAUUUUCUCCAUCCAACAUCAAAUGCUGCUCCCCAUGCAAUAGCUCCUAGAAAGCGGCAAAUGCUAUUUUACAUCUUAAAAUAAAUAUGCAUAAUCGUUUAUCACCAGGUGUUCUGAUAGACUGGACAAAACAGAUCACAUAUUGGGGCCGUAGAGGUACGUGAUCUUCACAUUCAAACUUGAUUGUACGUUGAGAUAAGGCUGAAUUACUAACUGGGCAAAGCGGGAGAGGGACCCUUGGCUCCCAGGGGCCCCAGAUUCACUGUGUGUCAGUAGAUUUUUGUUUGAUAGUAUGCACCACUGGAGUAGAAGCACCUAAAGGUGGGUGCUGCGUUAUCUGGGGGUCCUGUCCUGUAGUUAUAUUACAGAUUAAAUGGUGUUUAAAUGGUGCAUGUUCCCAAAUAUAUUUGAACUGAUUUAAAUUACCACUGGGGCUUUGUUAAAAGUCAUGUGUAGCAUGUAUAUGCUGCAACGUUGACACAACUGCAUCUCGGAAGAAACUCCAAAAAAAAAAAGAAAUCUGCGUACAGCCCAAACUGAAAGACUUAUUUUGUUGAGAAGGAGGAGGGCAUGUCCGACUUUCUGACAUCACUGAAAUGCAGCAUUAGACCCAUAUGACUGACGCAGUCACAGGUAUUAUGGUUGAACGGAAUCACCGCAUGUCACAGCAUUAUGGGGGGCGAUCACAUAUCCAAAUGGCCGAUGGAAAAGGGGGGAAAUCACUGAUAGGACGAGACACUGCCCAGCAGCUUUUUUUUGGGGCAACCAGUAAGACGACCGAAUAAAUCGGCUCUUUCUCUGUGUUUUUUUGUCCCUGCGCUUCGUCUCUCUCUCGUCGUCUCCUCCUGUUGUUGUUGUUGUUGUUGUUACUAUUGACCUUGAGUUUGAUCUCAACACUUCGUACUUGAAUUACCUCGUUUUGUGACCUCAUGUUGCUUGUGUAUUUUAAUUUUCCCUUUUUGUUUCAUUUGUACACUUUUUUUUUUGUGUCCACAAGUCUAUGUCAAAAAAAGAUGCAUUGCACGACGUGAUGAAGCAGUGUGUACGCAGAAAAAUUAAGUGCCACGGUGAAGAGAUUUUUUUGUUUUGUUGUUCUAAUGUCGUGUAUUUCUUUGUGCAUUACGUGUUACCAAACUUGGUAUUAUUAACCCCGCUUGUUAAAGAGCCGGAAGGUUUGGUCAUUUGUUAUAAAAAGCUACCUCUAAGUUUUUUUUUGUUUUUUUUGCAAAAACACAUUUUUUUGUGUUUGUGUUUUGCAUUAUUUCAUCAUUGCUACUUCAUCUCAUGCUUCUUUUUUGUUUUUGUUUUCAAAAGUUGAAUUAUGAUUGUCUGUGUUUUUUGUUUUUUUUAGCAAAAUGUACAUAAAAGUGUAAGCGAUAACAAAAGUUGAGUUUGACAGGAUUUGGAAAGUCAUUCAAAUGGACGUUUAUUCUUCUCUUAUAGUAUCCCCCUGCACCUCCUCCAACCACAGAAGAGCAGAGAGAAAGAGAAACAAAAAAAAAAAAAAAAAAAAAAAAAGCAAUUUUGAAGCCUUAAGUGAUGAGUAGGGAUGCGGCAGAUAAGAGGAAGUACUAUUGCUUUUUAAGAGGGUUUAAAAAUAAGAAUUAAAACUUGAAAAUAUGUGAAUAGAAGUGUAGUUUUGUAAUGUGAAAAAAAAAGAAGGUUCAUCAAAAAUGCUGAACCGCCCAGGACAGGUCAUAUUUGCAGUGAUGCAGAGUGCGUUGGACAAUUUGGAACUGCAAGUGGUAAUCAAAACAGAAAAACAAGAAGGUUAAAAAUAGAGAUUCUCUCAGCUGUCAAGCUCCCUUGAGAAAUGAGCGUAUUCCUGAACAAGAGCCAACAGAGGCAAUUUGAUAUAUAAAAAUGGUGAUAUUUUUGUAUUCAGUGUCAGUCCUUUUUUCCAUUUGUGGAGGGUUACAAGCAGGGCACAAAUUUUUGUAUUUCCUAUUUCUUUUUUUUUUCUUUUUUUUACCUGUUUUUUUUUUUCUCUCUCUCGGUGUGAAUCAUUUUUGCCUUGCUCCUCUUUGAUAUUGUUGGACAAAAAAACAUGUGUGUGAACAUAUUGUAAUAAUAAGUGUUGCUUUCUGGAUGUCAAUUGCAUUGUAGGUGAAGGACUAAAUCUAUCCGCCACAACUUUUACGAGUGUAUGUGACAAAGUUAAAAAAAAAAAAAAAAACAUUAAAAAAAAAAAAGGUUGAUAAAAUACGGGACGGCAGGGUGGCGCUGCCAAUUAGAACUUGUCAUUCACAAUUUUUCAAUCAAACUUGACUGUCAACAUGUCUCUGGUUUUGUUUUUGUAUUUGAAGAAAAAAAAAAAAAAGAAGAGAAGAAGGGAUGGCAUGUCCCGUGGUGUGUUGCCAUUUUAUUCUCAAACACUGUGAGCUGAGGGUCUUUUUCACCCUCAUAUAAUAUCCACCCACUAUAAUAUACCCAGUCACGGCUCAGUCUGAACCACUACAAUGCAAGACCUGAUCAGUCACAUUAUUCCCGUCAUCGUCCUCUGAAUGUUUUCUACUUUUUCGUGUGGGUGAAAGAGUGCGUAACUAUGUGUGUGCGUGCGUAUGUGUGUGUAUUAGUGGAAAAAUGCACUAAUCGGAUCAGAUACAAAAUAAAAUGAUACCCUAUGCCACUUUUUUUCUCUAUGUUGGAAAAAAAAAAAAUAUAUAUAUAUAUACAUUGGCAUCGAUAUAGUUCUUCCCUCAGUGUUCCUCGGAUGUUUCUGUACUAUCUUUGUGCCUAAAAAUGGAACUUGUUCAACAAAAAUAUCCAUCUAUAUCUGCUUAGUUUUCCGUAUUUUCAGAAGAAAAUAAAAAUGUGUCUCCAGCACCCUAGGGAUGUCAUGACGCUCGAAAAUGACCUGAUUUCUUUUUUUUUUUUUUUUUUAAUCCUGAAUAGAGCAGGGUGUGUUUUUCAAGGACUGAAUAAACCCCUUAAUGCUAUUGAGAUAGCAACUGGGAUUCUGCAUUCACUUCUUUUCUUAGGCCAUACGCUGUGAUUGGCACCCAAAAGCAUUUAUUUAGCAACACAAAACAAAGCAUAGGGAAAAUGUACUGGAAUCCAGACAGGACAGGCUGCAGGGGACAAAAUCUGUUCCAGGAAACUGUGUGUCCAGGAAGUCUGGUUCUCCACUCAGAUUGUCUACUCUAUAUAUUUGUUUUCCUCUCUUCUUUUUUUGUCAGCAACAGGUUUGCUGACGAGAACUUUAUAUUGCUCUUGAAAGAAUAAAAAAAUAAAAGAAAGAAAAACCUCCAUUUGGGUAGGUUGGCACUAGGGGAAUCCCCCCUUAUGCUUUGCUUCAGUUUUUUAAAGUACUUUUUUUCUUUUCUACAAAAUGCAUUUAGAAGGGGAUGUUUAAAAUUCGUCCCGAGAGGAAUCAUGGCAUCCCUGGAGCUGGCACUCUGUGUUUUGGUGUGGUGUUUCUAGAACAAAGUAGCCAUUUCAUGCAGUUGUUGCAAUGCAUGUGCCAUCGAGGUCUAGACUUAAAAACUGUUUGGAGUAACAAAGCACCAAGACAUUGUAUUUUUUUAUAUUAGCACUGAGGACCAAUUGCCCUGUCGGACCAAGCAUAACAAAGCUUUUUAUGUAACAAAGCUUUUCUCUCUUUCUCUUUCCCUGGCUUGUUUGUGCUACUUUCUCUCCUCCAUUGUUGUGACAGCACAAGUGCCAGUCAAGUUGCUCUGUAUUAAGAAAAUAGUGUUUUUAUUAUGAUUUGAAUUGUUAUAGUUUUUGUCUACCUCAGCACCUAAUCUUAGCCUAAUCUUAGAAGGUGCCCAAUUAUUAUUUUUUUAUUUUCUUUAUUUUGUUCUUUUAUUGUUGUCGGUUGUAUCAUUUUUUUUUUUUUUUUAAAUUUGAAAUUUGCAUUAGAGCUUUGCAAAGGUCCUUUGUCUUUUCCAGCGACAACGUGCUAUUUUCUUUCCGUGGCGGUACGUUUCCUGUUGAGCUGUGCCACCAAUCUAUAGCCACCGUCUGUUGAUAUAGAGGUUGUUCUUUUUUUUUUCGUUUCUUUCCAUGUAGAAUCAGACACCUCUCUUUGUAACAUUUCAGUGUUCUCUGAUGGAGUGUGAUUAAAAAAAAUAAAAAGGAAAAAUAAAAGA